GGGGAGUUUUACAGUGCGGUGACGGAGUUCAGUGUUGUGCGCUCCUCGGUGCGUCACACGCUCCAAACCUUCGCUGGAAGCGCACGACUCCGCAGCGGCAUCCAUGCGAGCACCGAGCAGACUGCAGCCUCCCUCCGACGCACCGCGAGCUCCCGCGUCCCGUUUCUCCUCCUCCUCCUCCUCCUCUCUGCAGGCUGCAUCUCAGGAGUGAAAUGGAUGUCAUCCCCAUGUGCAGCAUCUUUCAGGAGCUCCAGAUUGUGCACGACACCGGAUACUUUUCCGCUUUACCGUCCCUGGAAGAGUACUGGCAGCAGACAUGCCUGGAGCUGGAGCGGUACCUCCAGAGCGAGCCCUACGUCUCGGCCACGGACAUCAAGUUUGAGACCCAGGAGGACCUGUGGAGCAAGCUGAUGCUGGCCUGCGGGGACAAGUCCAACGAGUCGGACCCAAAGAUCCCGCGCAUCAAGGAGGAGGAGGACAAUCAGGACGGCCGGCACGUCGACGCCGGGGGCUUCAACUCCGACGCCAGCAGCGAGGCCUCGGACAGCUCCGAGGAGCUCUCCCCGGCCCUGGACUUCUCCUCCGGCUCGCUGACGGACAUUCUGGAGGACGGCGGCGAAGACCUGGGCUCGGCCAUCAUCAUCAGCACGCCGCCGUCCUCGCCCGAGCUCGGCAAGGAGGGCUCCGCGUGGAGCGCUAUACAGACUGUCCUGCACUCGCCCGGCAAAAUUAGGACUGGGGGCACAGAGCGGGCCGCGGAGAGGUCGGGGGGGCCCCCCGGCGGGGAGGCGUCGCCGGACGGCAGGAGGCGGGUGCACAGGUGUCAGUUCAACGGGUGCAGGAAGGUGUACACCAAGAGCUCGCACCUGAAAGCACACCAGCGCACGCACACAGGUGAGAAGCCCUACAGGUGUUCAUGGGAGGGCUGCGUGUGGCGCUUCGCACGCAGCGACGAGCUCACCAGACACUUCAGGAAGCACACCGGAGCCAAGCCAUUCAAAUGCAGCCACUGCGACAGGUGUUUCUCCCGUUCUGACCACCUGGCGCUGCACAUGAAGAGGCACAUCUGAGGUGGCCUCGGCGUGGAGGGACGAUUCGGGUUGAUUUGUCCCGGCCCGUGAGGAGGGGGUGGA